CCCAGGUGAGAGAGAGCUCAAUCCAGGGACUGCGUAUUAACUAAUACCUCGGGUAUGUGUAUGCGCACAUCCCUGGUCAGAUUCUUAGGGGCUGGGAGAAACUCGCCAACAUCCCCGCAUCCAACGGUUUCGCCGGCGUGACUCACCAGCCACGACGCAUUAAGAACCGAGGAGGUCCACCGAACUAAUUACAACACAGCACUCGCUUCACCCGAAAUACUAUCACCUCAACCACGACAAUGUCUGACAAAUCCGCCGUCCUCGUCACCGGUUCGGCCGGCCACCUGGGCAAGGCCCUCAUGCUCGCCCUGCCGGAGCUCGGCUACACGCCGAUCGGCAUCGACAUCAACCGCAGCCCGACGACAACGCUCCGGGGCUCCAUCACCGACACGGCCUUCCUGGCGUCCGUGUUUGGCACCCACAAGCCCGCCCACGUCAUCCACGCGGCGACGCUCCACAAGCCGCACGUCCAGACGCACUCGCAGAACGACUUUGUCCAGACCAACAUCGCCGGCACCGUCGCGCUCCUGGAGGCGGCCGCGGCGGCCGGCGCCCGCUCCUUCGUCUUUGUCUCGACCACCUCCGCCUUCGGCUCCGCCCUCGCCCCGCCGCCGGGGCAGCCGGCCGCCUGGAUCGACGAGACGGUCCGCCCGGUGCCCAAGAACAUCUACGGCGUCACCAAGGCGGCGGCCGAGGACGUGUGCCAGCUGGCGGCGCAACGGAGGAGCGGCGGCGGCGGCUUGCCCGUCAUAGUGCUACGCACCAGCCGCUUCUUUCCCGAGGAGGACGACGACGAGGCCCGGCGCGGCGAGGUGGCGGACGCCGACAACCUCAAGGUGCUGGAGCUCGCCUGCCGCCGCGUCGACAUUGCCGACGUGGUCACCGCCUGUGUCUGCGCCAUGGAGCGCGCCGCCGCCCGCGAGAUCCUCUGGGGGCGCUAUAUCAUCAGCGCGCCGACGCCGUUUGCCGCCGCUGCUACUGCUACUUCUGCUGUUGGAGCGGGGGAUGACAACGGGGAGGGGGUUGAGGAUGCGAAGAAAGAAGAACGGGAGGAGGUGCUGAGGGGGCUCGACCGGGACCCCGCGGCUGUAUUCGAGAGGGCCGUUCCCGGGGUGCGUGACGUGUUUGCUGCGAAGGGAUGGCGGUUCCUGACGCGGGUCGAUCGCGUGUACGAUUCCGGCCGGGCGGUCCGGGAGCUGGGCUGGCGGCCCGUGUACACAUUCCAGAGGGCCGUCGACAAGGUCGCCAGGGGGGAGGAGUGGAGGAGCGAGCUGGCGCUGAAGGUGGGCAAGCUGGGGUACCACGCCGUGCCGACGGGGGUGUACACGACCCAGGAGCGGGCACAGCAGGGGGACGAGUGAUAGGAAUGAGAGAGAGAAAAAGGAGAAGGGGGGGGUUAGUCACUCUUUUUGCUCCCCCUUAAUUACAUCAAGCUGGAUAAUUAAACGUCAAUAC